AUGGUGCUGGUGGACCUGCAGAGUCCAGUUCUUCUGUACCUGGAGAAACCCGGUUCAGACUCUGCUGCGGUCUCCAUCUCUUACCUUCCUCUUGGGUGGAGGAGCAUCGUCCCAACUGGGAGGAACAUCAUCGGCUCUGGGAUCUUCAUCUCUCCAAAGGGGGUCCUGGAGCACUCGGGCUCAGUGGGUUUGGCGUUGGUGGUUUGGUUACUGGGAGGUUGCAUCGCUGCCUUGGGCUCCCUCUGCUACGCUGAACUGGGCGUCACCAUCCCCAAAUCUGGAGGAGACUACUCCUAUGUCACAGAGAUAUUUGGAGGGCUGAUGGGGUUUCUCCUGUUGUGGAGCGCCGUCCUCAUCAUGUACCCGACCACGCUGGCUGUCAUCGCCCUCACGUUCUCCAGCUACGUCCUGCAGCCCGUCUUCCCGAACUGUGUUCCUCCAUACAUGGCGACACGGAUGCUGUCCGCCACCUGCCUCCUGCUGCUGACCUGGGUGAACUGCUCCAGCGUUCGUAUGGCCACCAGGAUCCAGGACGUCUUCACGGUGGGGAAGCUGAUGGCUCUGGGUCUCAUCAUCGUGGUCGGCCUGGUCCAGAUCUGCAAUGGGAACUACGAGGCGCUGACUCCUCAGGUGGCCUUCGCUAUGGACAGGACGCCGUCAGUCGGGCAGAUCGCUCUGGCCUUUCUGCAGGCCUCCUUCGCCUUCAGCGGCUGGAACUUCCUCAACUACGUCACGGAGGAAGUGGUUGAACCCAGACGGAAUCUACCUCGUGCCAUCUACAUCUCCAUACCAUUGGUGACCUUUGUGUACACGCUCACCAACAUCGCCUACUUCUCCUCCAUGUCGCCCGAGGAGCUGCUGUCAUCCAAUGCUGUGGCUGUAACAUUUGGAGAGAAGCUGCUGGGAAUGUUCUCCGUCAUCAUGCCGAUCUCCGUGGCUCUGUCCACGUUCGGAGGGAUCAACGGCUACCUGUUCACCUCCUCCAGGUUGUGUUUCUCUGGAGCCAGAGAAGGUCACCUGCCCAGCCUGCUGGCCAUGAUCCACUAUAAGAACUGCACCCCUAUCCCUGCCCUGCUGGUCUGCUGCUCUGCCACCAUCGUUAUACUCUGCAUCGGAGAAACACACAACCUGAUCAACUACGUCUCCUUCAUCAACUAUCUGUCGUACGGCGUCACCAUCGCAGGCCUGUUGUACUACCGCUGGAAGAAACCCAACCUGUACCGACCCAUCAAGGUGAACCUGUUGGUUCCUGUUUGCUACCUGAUGUUCUGGGCGCUGCUGCUGGGUUUCAGUCUUUACUCGGAGCCGGUGGUUUGCGGCGUUGGUUUGGUCAUCAUGCUCACCGGCGUACCCGUCUACUUCCUGGGCGUCCACUGGAAAGAAAAACCAAAGUGCAUCUACACCUUCAUUGAGAGGGCGACGUACGUGGGCCAGAGGUUGUGUUUCGUGGUCUUUCCUCAGUUUGACCCCAUCGAGAUCGCCACUCCGUCAGAAUGGACUGACCGGUCUUCAGGCAGGAGCAGUUUGUCUGCCAAUUCUUAAAACUUUUUUUCUGAAUAUAUGCAG